UUAUAAUAUUACGUUUGUUAACCAUAAGUAACUAAAAGGCAAUUUAGCCUCCGGGACUGGCGAUAAUAGGGAUUUUUUGUAAUUCCUGACAUACAUGCAGCUUAAUCCAAAACGUUAUUUCCUCCGUUGAAGAUAACUUCGAUUUAACAGAAGGUAGGAUGGUCGGCACUGAGGUGACGUUACAAAUCGUGGCCACUUUAAGCGGAGCAGCUCUUGUCAGCUUUCUUCUUAUCGCAUUCAUUAACGCAGAAGCUAAAAGCAGAAUAUCACACCAAGAACCGGAAAUUGAAAAUAUGAGCUUGUGGAAGGUCAUCGCGAAUAAAAUGUCCCAUCUCACCUCGGCGAGCAAAGCAGUUAACACAACUGAAAAAGCCAGCGAAACGAGCACCGCUUCGAGAAAGCUGCAAUGGGCAGACGAAGGAACGCACCACGUGAGGCACGGGAAGCACAAAGGGACGAGGAGAGGAACGCCGGUCAUCCAGGUGCAGCAGGAGUCCUGCUACAGUGGGAACGAGGUCCUCAUCAUCAUCGGCGUCACCUGCUUACUCAACUUCGCCUUUGUCCUCCUGGUCAUGGCCUGCGUACACUACUGCAGUUCCAAAAACGACAGGAUACCAAGACUUGAGUCCGUUUUAAUAGAGAGCGAGUCAGACAGCCAGGAAAGCAGGCGAGACUGGGAUAGACAUAAUUCACUGCUGUCACUCCACAAUCUCCCACUCUACCGACACAAAACUCCUUCACACUCCAUGGAACAGCUUCUUUUUCUCGAUUAGUCGAAAUUGGACGUUCUUAGCCAUCCUUUAGAACGCGUAGAGUCUCUUUUAGGUAAAGAAAUAGAGAGCGCCUUCUGAGCUGCCUCAGAUUUUACAACCUAAUAGUGAGAGAAAACCAGUUGAAAUUUGUAUAUUUUCAUACUUCUAGAUUGUUGUUAUAGCUUUGUGAUAAUCUCUAAAUAUUAACACAAAAGAAAACAAAGAGAAAAAAAAUUAUCAAACUUUUGUAAGUAAACAUGCCAGU